ACAAAGGACCUCUCCCCCAACCCCAGGAGAAAAAAAAACAAUAACAAAAAAGGAAGAAAGAUCUAAACUUAAUUUAAAAAAAUACAAAAGUUAAACAACAAUAUAGCAAUGCUAUCUCAUAGAAUAAGAUGCAUUGCAGUAGAUUAAACUACCCCACAGUAUAUAUAGUAAAAGAAAUUGGAAGACACUGUUUUUGCUGGGUUUGCAGGAGGUAAAGUGCAGUACCCCUGUACAUAGUACACACACUACAUACCAAACCUGGAAAAGCCCUCUGCCUGCCAAAAUAGUGGUUUUGUACGCGGUGACGUCACGACGUCAGGAGGAGGACUCGCACAACCGCAUUGUUGUUGAGGGGAAGAGAAGCUCGGGCAGCUGCUGAGCUCUGCUGCUUUCUAUCUAACUGCUUCACAAACAGCCCGUGUUGAUCAGUAAAUUACCCCUGUGACCAACGUAACAAACACCACCCUGAGAACCGGCCUCCGUCGCCCUGGAUCCCCGCCGGUCCGUCUCCAGCUCGCCUCGGUAGUGGCCGCCGGAUGAAGCGGACUGGAUGUGGAUUUAACUGCCGCUUCGCUCCUGCAGGGCCGCGCCGCCAUUGCUGCUGUUUUUAUAAAAUAUAAAGCUGAAUUGGUGAAAACACCGAGGGUCUUUACGGCUUCAAAAUGAAGAAGAAAAGUCGACAUCACCGACCUGCGGUGAUGAAGAGGGAUUCGUCUCCCAUCAAGCCGUCGCCCAACCGGGAGACGCUGACGUAUGCACAGGCUCAGCGGAUUGUGGAGCUGGAGGUUGACGGCCGCGUGCACCGGCUCAGCAUCUACGACAAGCUGGACGUCAUCAAUGACGACGACCCCACGGCGCAGGAGAUCAUGGAGUGCAACAGCAACAAGGAGAACAACGAGAAGCCCCAGCAGGUCCUGGUGCGCUCUGUGCGCCUUAAAAACAACCAACAGAAGAAGAACGCUGCGCUCAUGGCCUCACACGGAGGCACCGGCACGCAUGGCAGUACCGGCGGCCUGUUGGAGCCAAAGGUUAGAACUGUUGAAUAUAACCUGCCGGUGGUGCCGAAGAGGCCGGUGUCCUAUUACAAAUACAAGGAGAGGACGGCGGAAGAGCUGGACGAGGAGGUGGACUAUGACAUGGACGAGGAAGACUACGCCUGGUUGGAGCUCAUCAAUGAGAAGAGGAAGAGCGAGGGCAUCAGCCAGGUGUCGCACAACCUGUUUGAGUUCCUCAUGGACCGCUUUGAGAAGGAGUCGUACUCAGAUACGCAGGGUCAGAGUGACCUGCAGUCGCUGGUGGACGAGGACGCCGUCUGCUGUAUAUGCAUGGAUGGAGACGGAGCCGACAGUAACGUCAUUCUCUUCUGCGACUCCUGCAACAUCGCCGUGCACCAGGAGUGCUACGGUGUGCCGUACAUCCCCGAGGGCCAGUGGCUGUGCCGCCACUGCCUGCAGUGUCCGUCGCGGCCCGCUGAGUGCGUUUUCUGCCCCAACCGAGGCGGAGCCCUGAAGAAGACUGACGACGACCGCUGGGGCCAUGUAGCGUGCGCUCUGUGGGUGCCUGAGGUCGGCUUUUCUGACACUGUUUUCAUCGAGCCCAUCGACGGUGUCCGCAAUAUCCCGCCAGCACGUUGGAAGCUCACCUGCUAUCUCUGUAAAGAAAAGGGCGCAGGGGCGUGCAUUCAAUGUGACAAGAUCAACUGUUACACCGCCUUCCAUGUCAGCUGCGCCCAGAAGGCGGGCCUUUACAUGAAGAUGGAGCCCGUCAAAGAAGUGACGUCGUCCGGCGGCGCCACCUUCUCUGUGAAAAAGACCGCCUACUGCUGCAGCCACACGCCUGGAGGCCGCGACUGCCGGCCGCUCAACAUCUACGAUGAGCCCCACCCGAAAAACGGAGCCUGCCACAAGAGGGCCGACAAGAGGGGGAAGUCCCGGGCCAAGGGCUGGGCGAAGAAGAAGAGUAAGAGAGCGGAGCCUGAACCAGAACCACAGCCUGAGACCCCCACCAACUCUGGGCCCAGUAUCACUGCUUCAAGUUUCGACACCAUCCUCAACCAGGUGGCGGUUCAGAGGAAGCGCGUGUUCGUUGAGCGAGUGCUGAGCUAUUGGGUGCAGAAGAGACAGUCGAGGAACAACGUGCCGUUGAUCCGCCGGCUGCAGGCCAACCCUCAGCCGCCCAAAGUCAAGCAAAUGGACCGCAAGGAGACGAACCAGGCGCUGAAGGAGCAGCUGAAAGAGUGGCACCGCCUCCGCCACGACCUGGAGCGAGCUCGCCUGCUGCUGGAGCUCAUCAGGAAGAGAGAGAAGCUGAAGAGGGAAGAGAUGAAGCUGCAGCAGUCGGCGCUGGAGGUCCAGCUGACCCCCUUCAACAUCCUGCUGAGAGCCGUGCUCAGUCAGCUGCAGGAGAAGGACCAGUACACUAUCUUCACUCAGCCCGUCAACAUCAAGGAGGUUCCAGACUACCUGGACCACAUCAAGAACCCCAUGGACUUCUCCACCAUGAGGAAACGCAUCGACGCCCACGACUACAGGAGCCUGGAGGAUUUCGAGGCCGACUUCAACCUCAUCAUCUUCAACUGCAUGAAGUACAACGCCAAGGACACGUUCUUCUACAAGGCAGGUCAGCGGAUGCAGGACCACGGAGGAGCCAUCCUCCGCAGGGCCCGCAGAGAGGCCGAGAGAAUCGGCUUCGACUUCCCCAGCGGGUUGCAUCUUCCCGAAGCCCCAAAACCGGAGAAGCCAGCCACCUUCUCCUGGGAGGACGUGGACCGGCUGCUGAGCCCCGCCUACCGUCGGCUGACCCCUCUGGAGGAUCAGCUGAAGGAGCUGCUGGAGAAGCUGGACCUGAGCACGGCCAUGAAGCACAGCCCGUCGCGCAGCAAGAGGCUCAAACUGCUCAAAAAGACCAUCAUGGAAGUCCGCAGCGAGAUGAGCCUGAAGAAGUCCCACCGAAAACCGCCAUCAGUCCCCCCGGAACCCACCCCGACCCCCACCAAGUCAGAGGAGAAACCACUACCUGAACCCCUGGCAGAGCCCUGCACGCCACAGGAGGACAAGUCUUUACCUCCGCCAACGUUAGAGCUGUUAACCUCACUGUCGCAGAUCAACACCUCGCCCGGCGACUCGGAGCCGCCCCCUCUGAAGGCCGUCAAACCCAGCAAGGACCAUGCUCCCAUGGAGCUCGAUGGCGACACCGACACAUCUACCUCAGUGCCCACGGACACGCCCAACGGGCACGUCCCAGACCCGCUGCUCUCCAACGGCGACAUCCACACCGAAGCCUGUGGCGCCGGCAACCGACGGAACAGCGUCCUCUUCCGCAAGUCCAAGAGCACCAGCCCCCAGAAACCACCCAAGACCCAAGAGGCAUCCGCCGCGUUGCCGUCGCCCCUGGGCGCAAAAACCUUCCUGUCAGUUGUGAUCCCUCGACUGGAGACACUCCUCCUGCCGAAGAAAAGACGACGCAGCAGCAGCGCUGAUGGCGAGGAGGACGAUGACGAGGAGUCGCCGAUAAAACGCCUCGGCACAGGAAUAGCGAACGGUUUUGUGGUGGAGGACGAGGAAAUCUCACCGUCUCCCCGCCUGCUUGAGCCUCGCCGCCGCUGUGCCUCCGAGUCGAGCAUCUCCUCCAGCGGAAGCGUCCUCUGUAGCACGAGCACCGUCAUCGUGUCUAAAAGCGGUAAAGGGCGGUCGCCGGCGGCUCGGCGGAGCACAGUGGAUGACAAAAGCACUCUGAUGACCUGCAUUGAGAACGGAGAGUUCACCAAAGCUGCCAAGAUCUCUUCAGGCAAUGGCUUCCUAGAUCCAAGAUGGCUCCCUUCGGGGUCAACCAGACGCUCGACAAAAUCAAGCUGACGGAGGCUCGUUCCUCCUGCAUCCGAAAAGCUGUGCGGCUCGCCUUCGACCGAGCCAUGAACCACCUGAACCGCGUCAGCGGCGGGCUGGAGCAGAGCGCCGGCCUCGCCGCCUCGGACUGAACCCCCCACCCCCAUUCCACCCUCCCAACACCUCUGAAAUCCUCCCUUCAUCCAUCUCUCCUCUUUUAGCUUUUUGUUGUGAACACAUCACAGCAGAGGUGCUCAGUUUCUGCGUCAUGCGCACAACAAACUUGUCAUGUUUACCAUUUCCUGCAAACUGGAACCAGAUCGUUUUCAUGUCUCUCCACGCACUUCCUCCCCCCCCCCUUUCCUCCUCCCUGUCCAAAAUACUGUAGCUUGUGACGUCCAUCCUGUUUGUCAAAGAGCUAUGCAACGAAAACGACUCGGUUAGCGGGUGCAAAAAGUUGAAAGAGAAAAAAAAAAAGUCAAACCUGGGCUGUGAGGACUGAAAAAUCACGGGUCUAAACCUGUUGAAUGUGUCAGAUUUGACCUCUGACCUCCUUAAAAAUGUGCUGCAAGACUGCUGCAACAAUCUCACUGCCAUGAAAAUGUCCAUCAGUGUGUGUGUGACUGCAGCAGCUCCUGUAAAUAUCCUGUACAAGGCCUGACACUAAUUUAUUCACUCCCUCAGUUUGUUUGGUACAUGGUGUUCAGAUAUUUAUACAGUCGGAGGUGAUGAUCCACUGACGGUGUCGGUGUUUCUGCUGGUGCUAUCUCUACACAGAGAAAAAAAACAAACAUGCAUACUGUAAUGAAUUAUUUCAGCUCCUUUUUUUACGGUUUUUGUAAGUUAUUGAGUUCUCAAGCUUCAAGUUCUAUCGUCUUUGGCAUUAAUUGUUUUUGUUUGCAUCUUUUUUUUUUACCUGAAUGUUUUUACUGGACUACUUUUUUUUUUUUUUGUUUGUACAUAUUUAUAUAAAAUCUAUAUAGAUGCUCUCAAAGUUUAAAAUGCCUAAAGUGCAUCAUUCACACCGAAACCAAAAAAAUCUGCUGCCCACAAGUUUCCCACUAAUGUGUUUCUUUUUUUUUUUUUUUUACAGUUAAGUUGUUUUUCAGGUUUUCAGCCUUUUUGUGUGUGUGUGCUGUGAUGAGUUCAAGUCUUCUGUAAAAUGUCACAGAAUCAUCUUUUCCACCUUAAUUGAACUACAGUCGGCUGUAGGAGAGAAGAGAAUGUGCCUGUACUAAUUUAUUGUAAAGCAGAAAAUGUAUAUGCAUUACUUUAUAGAGAGAGUAUUGUAUGAAAAUACUACGGGCACACGAGGAGCCAUAUGUAGAGGCCCCUCCUCUUCUGUUUUAUUUUUUUUUUGAUUAAUAGCAUUAAAUCUGAGAGGUGAGGUGAUAGUGUUUGAUGUUUUAUUUUGGCAGGGUAGCGAUGGGUAGACUUCCUGUUUUGUUUGGCCCCUCUGGAUGUGGAUGUUGUUGUGUGUAAAUAGAUUUGGUACUUUAGCUGAUUCUCUGGGAAAAACCACAGUUAUAGCCAACGGGAGCGGAAACCAGCCGACAGCAGGCCGGUGGGAUUUUUAUACUAAAACACUGAAAAAUUAAAAUAUGUUAUUGAAUCACUGAU